GCUGACGCCUAUAUAAAAAGCCGGAGAGGCACUGUGAAUACCAGUAUAGCGAUGAAAGUGUAACUUGACAGUUAAUCGGUGCUACUUUAUUAGCCGUCGUUUCGUAAAUCAAAAUACUAUCUCCAGUUUUCAGUGAACUCUUCAGUUUUGAUAAAUAUACACCUUAAAUUACUCAGCAUCAAACAGAAACUAAUAACCUAACCGACGCCUUCAUCGUUCGAAAUGUCUUCGGAGGAGCCGCUUGUCGUCGAGUCAGUUUACCUAUACGAGAAAGAAAAUGCAACAGCUCAUCACACGAUCAAUUACGAGUUGGUACAUUUGGAGGAACCAACUCUUGUCUUGAGAAGAGGUCAGACUUUCAAUGUCGCUCUCAGAUUUAAUCGUGACUACGUGGACGAGACGGACAUCGUCAGACUGUUGUUCAGCUUCGGUCCAAACCCUAAUGUUCUCCGAGGCACAAGAGGGGUGAACACCGUUACCAAUAGAGACAGUUACUUGACCGAUUUGGAAGCAUGGGGUGUGCGUAUGGUCGGUAUCAACGGCGUGGAUCUGUCCGUAGAGGUCAGAAGUCCUAUCGACAGCCCUGUUGGUGUUUGGCAGUUGAAUGUUGAAACUACCACCGUAGGCAGCAAGAAAGCCCCGAAUACGUACAACUACGAGAGGGAUAUUUAUUUGUUGUUCAACCCAUGGAUGAAAGAGGAUCUCGUAUUCAUGGAGGACGAGCAGUUAUUGGAUGAGUACGUGUUAAACGACGUGGGAAAGGUAUGGGUUGGUCCGUGGGGUAGUUCUCGCGGCAGAGAAUGGGUCUUCGGUCAAUUCGAUGCUUGCGUGUUACCGGCUUGUCAAUUGUUGUUAGAACGAUCUGGCAUUAAGGCCGUAUCUCGGGGAGAUCCUGUUAAGAUGUGUCGUGCCAUUUCGAGAAUUAUAAAUUCCAACGAUGACAAGGGCGUGAUCACUGGACGGUGGGACGGUGACUACGAGGAUGGCACAGCGCCUGCCGCAUGGACCGGAAGCGUGCCGAUUCUGGAGCAAUUCUUAGAAACCGGUGAAUCAGUGAAAUACGGACAAUGCUGGGUCUUCGCCGGAGCAGUAACUACCGUGUGCCGAGCUCUUGGAAUACCAUCCAGGGUGGUCUCGAACUUAGUUUCAGCUCACGAUGCGAACGCAUCCCUUUCGGUCGAUCGUUACUACGACAAAGACAACGAGGAACUCGAAUACGAUCCUAAUAACCUCGAGGGCGAAGACUCUAUCUGGAAUUAUCACGUUUGGAACGAUGUGUGGAUGGCCAGGCCGGAUUUGCCUAAAGGGUACGGCGGCUGGCAAGCGAUCGACUCAACCCCGCAGGAAACCUCCGAAGGUUUUUACCAGUGCGGUCCAGCUUCCGUUGAGGCUAUCAGGCAGGGGGCUGUCGGGUACAACUUUGACGUGACCUUCAUGGUGGCUUCGGUGAACGCUGAUCUUAUGAGAUGGAAAGAAGACCCUGAGAGCGAGCUCGGUUACUCGAAAAUCGACUGUAACAAAUAUCAUAUUGGCCGCAUGAUACUGACAAAAGCACCUUGGAUUUUCGAUCCCAAUGGCGAUAGAGACAGAGAGGAUAUAACGUCGUUGUAUAAGGCGAGGGAAGGAACCGAGGCAGAACGUUUGACGUUGUACAGAGCUGUGCGUAGCACUGAGGUCGCUAAAAGAUUUUAUUCGUUGCCCUCUCCUGGUAAAGAAGACGUUCAGUUCGAUCUCGUGGAUCUUGAGCGUGUGAACAUCGGCCAACCGUUCGCCGUUACGGUACGCAUGAAGAAUAAAUCGAACCAACCAAGAACCAUUCAAGCCAUUUUAUCUGCUGGUAGUGUGUAUUAUACUGGGGUUAAGGCGAAUUUAGUGAAGAGAGCGUCCGGCGAUUUUGUGCUUCAACCCAAUGCCAGUGAAGAGUUGAGACUCGCGGUCACGGUGGACGAUUAUUUAGAUAAAUUGGUGGAAUACUGCAUUAUGAAACUAUACUGUAUUGCCACGGUUAAGGAAACCAGGCAAACAUGGGCUGACGAGGAUGAUUUCCAGGUCUUGAAACCCAGUAUUACAGUUAAGAUUGACGGCGAUCCUACUGUAGGAAAACCAUCAACGAUCAGUCUCAGGUUCAAAAACCCGUUGAGGAGGGUGCUGACAGAGUGCAAAUUUAACUAUGCCGGACCGGGACUCUCGAAAAACAAAACAUUGGUAUUCCGAGACGUUGAACCGGAAGAGGACGUUUAUGUAGAGCACCAAUUGAUCCCACAGAAAUCUGGACCACAGAAGAUCAUCGCGACCUUUACCUCGAAGGAGCUCCUAGACAUCACAGGAUCAGCUGCUAUUGAUGUUCUCGACGAAGACGAAUAAAUGUAUUCCAUUGAAUUUUACUGUUGCUCGUGAUCAUGAAUUUUUAACCCUUUGCACUCGAGGGCUUCGGAGCAGAGCCAUUUAAAAUUUGUCAUCACAAACUGUAAAAUUUUGUCAUUAAGUAUAUUAUAACAUUCAUAUCUACAAUCGAUAAAAAACAGUGAAAUACAUCUAUGACUUUUCUUUUCAUGCGCGUAUCAUUUAUUUAUAUGUUAAUAUACUUUUCCUAUUAAAAUUACUUCGAGUUGUUGGUAAUGUCAGUAAGAAAAAGAUUCGAGUGUAAAGGAUUGAUAUAUGUUAUAUGUUCUUCUACACAUUUUGAAUUUUUUUUUCGUUUUUGUUCGUUUAAAAAAGAAUUGUAUCAAAUUCCGAAUUUAAUGUGUACCAUACCUGUGAGUACUAGAGAUACAUUUGUAACACAUGAUGUAUAGUAAAUUUAAAGCUUUCAUGACCUGGGCGAUCAAAGUUGUUUGAGGUUUUUGGAUAAGAGCUGUGUCCUAAGAAAUUUAUCCCAACAUUUCAGCUACGAACAAUUACAAAAACUACCUGAUUACUAACCACUGUGACUUGAACAUGAGUAUUAUACAGGGUGGACUACGAAACGUGAUUAACUUAGAUUAUUCUGCUGCUAGCGGUUCGAUCGGAAAUUUUAUUAGCUAAAAUAACACGGUUCAAGGAGAGCUUCAAGAUGUUUGGAUUAGGUUUGACUUGAAUUUAAAAUGGAUUUUAUUUAGAUAGCAGAGAUAUUUUUCUUUUUUCGAACUUGUUUAGCUUUGGGGUGAGUUAGGUCAGGGUUGGGUUCAGGAAAAAUUCAUUUCCGCCAAAAACGAAUACAAUUUUUAUAUUUAAGAUAUUAUUAAUAGUUGAAUGUUGUAUAUGUGUUUAACAUUUAGAGAGAGGUGGAGUAGUAGUAGUAAAUUUUAUUAAUUUUUCAAUUAUUACUAUUCUAUGCCACACGCUAUUGUAUUUAACGUAAUUGUUUCUUUCGUGUAUUUUUACAUAGUUAAUAUUUGUUAAUAAUAUAAUAUUUAUAAUAUUUAUUAAGAAUAAUCAUUUUCCACAAUGGUUCUAUUUUUCCAAUUAUAUUUCUGAAAUUUUGAAUUUGCACAGAGAUCCACUGUCUAGUGAUAGGAAUCAGAAUAAAAAAUAUUGAACACA